AACGGGCGGAGAACCAUUGCUUAGACUCUCUUUCCCUCUCCGCUGAGUUGCGAGCCAUUGCUCCGUUGUAGCUAUCUCUCUCCAAGAUGCCGAAGCAUUACAGACCUCCUGGAAAGAAAAAGGAAGGAAAUGCCGCGAAAUACAUCACCCGAUCCAAAGCUCUUAAAUACCUGCAAGUCACUCUACCUGUUUUCAGGAGACUAUGCAUUCUCAAGGGUAUUUUCCCACGAGAGCCGAAGAAGAAGGUGGAAGGAAACCACAAGACAUAUUAUCAUAUGAAGGACAUUAUGUUUCUCGUACACGAACCAUUACUCGAGAAGUUCAGAGAUAUCAGGGCCUACGACAAGAGGGUAAAGAAGGCUCUGGCAAAGAAGAACAAGGACCUCGCUGAUCGAUUGUUGACGCGUAAGCCUUCUUAUACCCUCGAUAGGCUUAUACGAGAAAGGUACCCGAAAUUCAUUGACGCGCUCAGGGAUUUGGAUGAUUGCCUUACGAUGGUGCACCUAUUUGCAGCAUUACCUGCUAUUGAGAAGGAACAAAUUCCGGUUAAGCGUAUUCACAACUGCCGAAGGUUGAGCCAUGAAUGGCAAGCAUAUAUUUCUCGAACACACAGCCUACGGAAGACCUUCAUAUCUGUUAAAGGCAUAUAUUAUCAGGCUGAGGUUGAAGGGCAAAAGAUCACAUGGUUAACUCCACAUGCUCUGCAGCAAGUUUUAACAGAUGAUGUUGACUUCAAUGUCAUGCUAACCUUUUUGGAGUUCUAUGAGACUCUCCUUGCUUUUGUCAACUUCAAACUUUAUCAUUCCAUAAAUGUGAAGUAUCCACCCAUUCUUGAUCCUCGAUUGGAAGCAUUAGCGGCAGAUCUAUAUGCUUUGUCUAGAUUUUUUGCUGCCAAUUCUAAAGCAACUAUUGGGGAAUCUCAAAUGGUCACUUCAUCUGGAUCAGAGCAAGCAGAUAGCAAGAGAAAGGAGAUGCAGACUGAUGAGUCUGAACUGAGACUUGCUCAGCUGCAACAUCAGCUUCCUACCAAUGAACCAGGCACAUUGAUGCAUCUGAUCGAGGAUGCUGCUGAUGGUGAUGAUGAUGAAGAUGUGGAAAGGAGAGAGUGUAAGACUCUCUUCAAAAACAUGAAGUUCUUUUUAAGUCGAGAGGUUCCAAGAGAGUCGCUGCUGUUUGUUAUUCCAGCUUUUGGAGGUACGGUUUCUUGGGACGGAGAUGGGGCUCCAUUUAAAGAAGCUGAUGAGGGAAUUACUCAUCAGAUUGUUGAUAGGCCAACUCAGGGUCAUAAGUUCCUCUCCAGAGAAUAUGUCCAGCCACAAUGGGUCUAUGAUUGUGCAAAUGCUCGGAUUAUCUUACCAGUAGAUGGUUAUUUAGUGGGAAGGGUUCCUCCACCACACUUGUCACCAUUUGUUGAUAAUGAGGCUGAAGGCUAUAUUCCUGAAUAUGCAGAAACAAUUAAACGCUUACAAGCUGCUGCAAGAAAAGAACUCCUUCCAAUGCCUGGUGUAGAUAAACGAGAUCUUGAUGAUCCUCAGAAUCUAUUACUUGAAGGUGUCAUAAGUCGUGCUGAAGCUAAUGAAGCAGCUGAAAAGAAGCGGAAGAUGGCAAUGCUUGAGAAGCAGUACCACAACGAAUUGAAAAUGGAACUUCAAGGGGUUCCUUAUUCUUCCUCUGUUUCAAAUGACAAUACAGAGAGUGCUGUUAAUGAUACCGAGGGUAGGGAAGAGUCUCUUCCAGAUCCAGAUCAAAUUGCCAAGGAUAGCAGCAGUAGCAUGUCCAUGGUUGUGAUGUCACGGAAGAAGAGGAAGCUUUAUGAAGCGAUGCAAAUAAACAAAGAACGCAAACGUGAGAAUGUUAACAAGUUGAAGGAAAGGAAGGCCAAAGCUGCCCAGGGAUCCGCCUGAACCAAAAGCUGUUGCCGAGUGUUAAUGUUAUUCUAAGAUCUAAGUCUUGUUUACUCAAAAAAAGAGUACUAAAUUUUGUUUCUCCUUAAUUAAAUUAUUUGUCAAAAUUUUAAUUUGAAAAACGCCAAUAUUUUUGAUUGGCUAAAAUUUUGUUAAUGUAUACCAAGGUAUGUUAUUGGUCUACUAUGUAGCAUGUACAUACAUACACCUGUUGUUUUAGAUGUGUUGAGACUCGAGAGUUAAGAUCUUUCUAAUCAA